ACUGUAGCUUGAGUAGGCUGCAGUUUUCCAGAAAUCCAUAAUCUUGCAGUUUUUGUAGGGAAUAAGUUUUUACAAUUAAUGAAUUAAGGAAAGCAAUUGCACAUUUUGUAUAUUGCACUUUCAAUACCAAAAGGAUUUCACAUUCAGGAAUGUCACAUGCCAAUAAUGGGAUGAAGGAAAGGCCAAGUACCAAAGACAGCUUUUAAGUCACUGAGCUUUUAACUGGGUGUUGGCAUGCACAAAGGAAAAGAUGCCUUGUUGCCUCACCACCAGUCAGAUGGCAGGAGUAACAAGGCACGAGUCACCAAACAAAAUUGUAUCUGGACCUUUAUGCUGAUCAUUGAGACAGUUAUAUAUGGUUCAUACUCCACAUUGGUGAACCUAGGAAAGGAAAAUGGAAAAUUACCAUUCAAAUCAGGCUCAGUUGUUCUUCUGAUAGAAUUUACAAAGUUGGUGACAUCAUGUGUGCUGUAUAUUCCGGAGUUUGUGAAGGGUGGAUACAGAUUACCAAAGGUUCCAUUGAUAUCUCUGAUCUCAUUUUCUGUACCGGCAGUAUUAUAUAUGUUCAACAACAAUGUAGCCCUAUACAUGCAGCUUCAGAUGGAUCCUACAACUUUUCAGGUGUUAAACAACCUGAAAAUAGCUACAACAGCGCUUCUUUACAAGCUUAUAAUCAAAAGAGAAAUUACAAGGCCACAAUGGAUAGCUCUUGGUCUUCUCACAUUAGCUGGUAUCUGUGAUAGUUACGGUGGAUUUGUCGAGCAGAAACUGGACCACCAUUCCCUCCCAAUAUUUAUCACUGUAACAGGCUUACUCAUGAUGUUUAUGUAUUGUUCUAUAUCGGGGUUUGCUGCCGUCUUUACAGAAUAUUUGCUUAAAAAACGAAAAUCUACCUCACUGCCCCUACAGAAUAUUUUGCUGUACGCAUAUGGAACGUUCCUGAAUGCUCUGACAUUACUGUGGCAAACAAAUACAUAUGAGGGAGAAGAUAAAGGUUUCUUUCAAGGAUUUACAGUUUAUACUUGGCUUAUAGUCCUUACUCAGGCUUCCAAUGGGUUAAUCAUGUCAGUAGUGAUGAAGCAUGGUAGUAACCUGACACGAUUAUUCAUCAUAUCCGGCGGCAUGCUGACAUCCACGAUAUUGUCCGUAUUUGUGUUUGGUACUGUGAUAAACGUGUUCUUCAUCAUAGCUGCAAUGCUCGUCGUGUCUGCAAUAUUUUUAUAUCAUCAUUGAUUUAAAAGAGUGAAUGUUAUUGACAUUAACGUAAGUUUUUUUGAAAAGGCCAGAUGGUCUUGCCUUUGUCCUCCAGUGUCAGUAAAUGGUCUUUUCUGCUGAAAGUGUUGGUCAGAUUUUACUUUUGAAUUUUGAUACAUACAUGUAGCUUUGUGUAUUGGUAACUGCAAUUUGCUUAUUAUUGAGAUUAGCGGCCCUGAAAAUCUGUGGAAUUAGAAAACAUUUAAAUAUCUGAAAAGUGGCUGGUUUAUGAAACAGUGGUCAUUCCUUAAUUUGGUUUGUGGCAUCUGUUAAAUGACCUCUUAUUAGGUUUGUUAAAGUGGGGGAGGGGGCAAAGUAAAGUUGGCUAGAUUAUUAGAGGCCACUAAGAGCUAAGAAUGAAAAUACCAAAUAAGUGGACAGAACUUUAUUUACAGGCCAAUAGAGCUGUGAAAUCAAAAUACCUUUCAAUGCCUUUUUGUGAAUAAGUAUAAGCCGCAAAACGUAUUUAAUGAUAAAACCAACAUAAUGGGUUAGCAACCAGCUUGGAUCCAGACUAGCAUGCGCAUCGGUGCAGUCUGAUCAGGAUCCAUGCUGUUCGCUAUCAGUUUCUCUACUUGUAAUAAAGAUGGUAAGUGAACAGCAUUGAUCCUGAUGUGACUGCGCUGAUGCGCAGGCUGGUCUGGAUCCAUGCUGGUCGCAAACCCACUAUGUUGGUUUUGUUGUGACAUGGAUCAAGUAGGGGAUUUCGUAGCAGAUAGUUACUGGUUACUCAUCCAGAACGGAUCACCAAGAUUAACUAAAAAUGUGUUGUAAUCGUGGUAAAAAAACAGACAGACGAACAAACAAAAUCAAGUUUGCUCAAAUUAUGGUAGCGGAACCCUAUCAGGGGCUACUCUAGCUAGAAAUUAGUGAAGAAAGUGUAGAAAUUCAUUUAUAUAUCUUCUCAUAUUUAUGUAAGCGAAAAAUGUUGAAAUUUAUUUAUAUACAUUUAUCUUCUCGUAUUUAUGUAAGUGUUUUAUGUUUUGUUUAAGAAAUCAGAUUUAUAUAAGGAAACUAGCCUUAUUUAACAUAAUUGUAUUAUCACCUUAGUGCAAUAAUCGGUUAACUGCUAAUAAAUUGCAUAAGGAGUUAACCGGUUACUGCAGUAAGGUGACGCUAUGUUGUUUUAAUGUCUUUGGUAAUGUUAUUGUACAUUUAAAGUCCUAGAGACUCUAAAAAAUUGUUCUUUUAUUUUAAUUAUAAACUUAAAUGUCUGUUUUUUUUAUGUACAAUUUUAAUCCAUUUUACUUAGGUAUAUGAUUAUUGUAUUUCAUAGCUAAAUUCUCAUUUAAGUUCAAACGGAUCCAAAUCACUUUGGCUAAUGUCCUUGUGGACAUUGUUCAUUUAGGAGGCCGUUUAUGAAACUUCCGACCCAACUCUGCCUUGUAUUUACCCCUACUGCUGCUUAUUUUACAUUUUUAUACCCACAUUUAAAUAAUUGAAUAUAGGGAGAAAAUGUUGUUUAUAUUAGCUUUAUUUCACAUAUGUAGUAAUUUAAUUACUAUAUUUUUAAAGUACACAUGCAAUUGUAUUAAAAUACAUAAUUGUAGGAAAAAAAGCUCCCGUUUGCUAGUGGAUAAAAAUUUGUUUCACAAAAACGCGCACUUUGAAUGCCAUCUUUGAACAACUUUAAAUCACUAGCUAUGAUUUAACCAAUUUUUUUUACACACAGGAUCUCUUCACUGUGUCUGUAGGGAGAGCACUGGAUUAGUCAUUCUUGGCAUAUUACAAUGUUUCAAAUUAAAAAGAAUGGCAUGUUUCUAAUUAAAAAGCAGGGUCUGUUUCAAAUAAAAAAGCAGGGCUUGUUUCAAAUAAAAAAGCAGGGCAUGUUUCUAAUUAAAAAGCAGGAUCUGUUUCAAAUAAAAAAAAAAGCAGGGCAUGUUUCAAAUUAAAAAGGACAUGUUUCAAAUUAAAAAGCAGUGUCUGUUUCAAAUAAAAAAGCAGGGCAUGUUUCAAAUAAAAAAGCAGGGUCUGUUUCAAAUAAAAAAAGCAGGGCAUGUUUCAAAUAAAAAAGCAGGGCAUGUUUCAAAUAAAAAAGAAGGGUAUGUUUCAAAUAAAAAAAGCAGGGCAUGUUUCAGAUAAAAAAAAAACAGGGCAUGUUUCAAAUAAAGAAGACAUGUUUCAAAUAAGAAAGCAGGGCAAGUUUCAAAUAAAAAAGAAGGGUAUGAUUCAAAUAAAAAAGCAGAGCAUGUUUCAUAACAAAGGUUAUGUUUCAAUGAAGAAUUUUUCAGAUUGAAAAAAAGGGCAUGCUUCAUGUUAAAAAUAAGUCCUUUAAACAUGUGCAGCAGUAUUACUUUAAACUUUUAACAGAAAUAGGGAUUUUUUUUUUUAAUAAAUUUAUAUUAAUAUAUCAUGUUUAUAUUAUAUUUUCAUACAUUAUGUAUUUAUAAGAAGUAGAUUUAUUAAGAUGUUAAAGAAUGAAAUCCAGCAUUGUAUUUGAUAUUUAUGCCCCCAUUUCGAAGGGGGUAUAUUGCUUUGCACUUGUCGGUCCGUCGGUCCGUAGACCAAAUGGUUUCCGAGUGAUAACUAAAGAACCCUUAGGCCUAGGAACUUCAAACUUGGUAUGGUGAUUGGUCAUGACAAGUAGAUGACCCCUAUUGAUUUUUGGGUCAAGGGGUCAAAGGUCAAGGUCACAUUGACCUUGUAAGCAAAAACGGUUUCCGAUCAAUAACUAAAGAACCUUAAGGCCUAGGAACUUCAAACUUGGUAUGGUGAUUUGUCAUGAUCAGUAGAUGACCCCUAUUGAUUUUGGGGUCAAGGGGUCAAAGGUCAAGUUCACAUUGACCUCAUGGGUAAAAACGGUUUCCGAUCAAUAACAAAAGAACCCUUAGGCCUAGGAACUUCAAACUUGGUAUGGUGAUUGGUUAUGACCAGCAGAUGACCCCUAUUGAUUUUGGGGUCAAGUGGUCAAAGGUCAAGGUCACAUUGACCUUGUAGGUAAAAACGGUUUCCGAUCAAUAACGAAAGAACCCUUAGGCCUAGGGACUUCAAACUUGAUAUGGUGAUUGGUCAUGAUCAGUAGAUGACCCCUAUUGAUUUUGGGGUCAAGGGGUCAAAGGUCAAGGUCACAUUGACCUCUUAGGUAAAAACAGUUUCCGAUCAAUAACUUAAGAACCCUUAGGCCUAGGAACUUCAAACUUGGUAUGGUGAUUGGGCAUGAUCAGUAGAUGACCCCUAUUGACUUUGGGGUCAAGGGGUCAAAGGUCAAGGUCACAUUGACCUCUUAGGUAAAAGCAGUUUCCGAUCAAUAACUAAAGAACCCUUAGGCUUAGGAACUUCAAACUUGGUAUGGUGAUUGGUCAUGACCAGCAGAUGACCCCUACUGAUUUUGGGGUUAAGGGGUCAAAGGGCAAGGUCACAUUGACCUUGUAGGUAAAAAUGCUUUCCGAUCAAUAACUUAAGAACCCUUAGGCCUAGGAACUUCAAACUUGGUAUGGUGAUUGGUCAUGACCAGCAGAUGACCUAUUGUUUUCAGGGUCAAGGGGUCAAAGGUCAUGUAACAUUGACCUUGUAGGUAAAAACGGUUUCCGAUCAAUUAACUAAAAACGCUUAGGCCUAGGAACUUCAAAAUUUGUAUGAUGAUUGGUGGUGACCAGCAGAUGACCCCUAUUGAGUUUUGGGUCAAGGGGUCAAAGGUCAAGGUCACAUUGAUGUUGUAAGUAAAAACGGUUUCUGAUCAAUAACUUAAGAACGCUUAGGCCUAGGAACUUCAAACUUGGUAUGGUGAUUUUUCAUGACCAGCAGAUUACCCCUUUCGAUUUUGGGAUCAAGGGGUCAAAGGUCAAGGUCACAUUGACCUUGUAAGUAAAAACGGUUUCUUAUCAAUAACUAAAGAACGCUUUGGCCUAGGAACUUUAAACUUGGCAUAGUGAUUGGUCAUGAUCAGCAGAUGACCCCUAUUGAUUUUGGGGUCAAAGGUCAAGGUCACAUUGACCUUGUAUGUUAAAACGGUUUCUGAUCAAUAAUAAAAGAACCCUUAGGCCUAGGAACUUCAAACUUGGCAUGGUGAUUAGUCAUGACCAGCAAAUGACCCCUAUUGAUUUUGGGGUCAAGGGGUCAAAGGUCAAGGUCACAUUGACCUUGUAAGUAAAAACGGUUUCUGAUCAAUUAACUAAAAACGCUUAGGCCUAGGAACUUUAAACUUUGUAUGAUGAUUGGUCUUGACCAGCAGAUGACCCCUAUUGAGUUUUGGGUCAAGGGGUCAAAGGUCAAGGUCAUGACCAGUAGAUACUUGAUAUCCCUUAUUAAUUGUUUGAUCACUGGGUCAGAAGUCAUGCAUAAUUACCUUAUCACAUGAAUAAUUGGCUGCUGAUAGGGGGCAUACAUGUUUUACAAAGAUAUCUUGUUUAAUUUUAUUUUAUUGUUUAUAUUAUGCUUAGAUAGUCUGUUACUAGACAUUGAUAAAAAAAAAUUGAAAUGUUAAAUUUAUGUCACACAGAUUUUUAAGCUUGACUUUUUAAAGAAUUAUGGGGAGCUAUAGUACUUACAAAGGCAUUGUGUCACACUUCGGUUAAGUUUUUGCAUGCAAAUUGAUACAUGUAUGUAUCUCUGAAACUACUGAAGGAAAUUUUUCUGUGUUUGAUUUUUAUAAAAUUUCAUGACUGUCUUUUUUUUUUUAACCGAAUAUAUUUAUAAUCAUAAUAUUAAUUGAAAUUGACUUGAUGAUGUUUUUUUUUUUGUACUAUGGCUGUCAGAAAUAUCUAGAUCAACAUAUGGGUGGCCCCAAAAGGGCUACUUUAUACAGAUGUUUAUCUUUUUAUAUUAAUUUAAAAAAAGUGUUUUAUGGUCAUUGCUUUAAACAAAUGUGCAAUUUAAUUCAUGUAUGGAUAAUAUAUAUGUUAAUUACUGUUUUUCUAUGUUAGUUAAACUGAAUAAAAGUAGAAUGUUAGUUAAACUGAAUAAAAGUAGACCUGUCAAACAAAAUUUUCAUUUCACUUUGGCAUACUGUUGUAGACUUAAGGUUCCAACCCUUUUCAAGAAAUUGAACUAAAAAAUUCUGUAGACCCAAAUGCUUUUAGUACUUAACUAAAUGGCUGAUACUUAACUAAAUGGCUGACUCAAAUUCUACCCAAUAGACUCCAGUGAGUUUACAUUUUGUUAUCAGUUUAUGAUUAUAACUUUUGGAAAUUGAAAUGAAUUUAUUUGCAUUAGCUGAAGUAAAAAUUGCAUGCCUCCAGAUAAGCCAAAGCUUCAAGAGAAUCAAACUUGAGAACAUUGUACUAUUAUUUUAUGAACAGUAAAGACAUUCAAGAUUAAAGCAAUGAUAUACAAGUUAUUUCUGAUUUAUUUCUUACUGAUUUUGCGAUUUUUAUCACCAUAUGUCUACAUAAAGGGCAAUUUUACAAAACUUGACCUCUUUCGGGUAAUUUAUCUGGAUGUUGAGCACUGAUUGUAAUGUGUACAUUAAUAUCGUUGUUCACUUCUCAAUAUUUUACUUUUAAAUAAAUUUUCAAUUUUUUCAUGAAAAUUAGCAUGAAUCUGGAGGCAUGCUGCUUUAACUUUUAGCUCGAAUAUUCGAUAAGAAUAAGUAGAGCUAUUGCAGUCACCCGAGCGUCGGCGUCGGCGUAACCACUUAUGUUAAAGUUUUUGUAAUAGUUCAAAUAUUUUCAAAGUCCAUAGACAUAUGGCUUUGAAACUUUGCACACUUGUUCACCAUCAUGACCCCAACCUGUAGACAGGAGGAGGUAACUCUAUCAAGCAUUUUGACAGAAUUAUGCCCCUUUUUCGACUUAGAAUUUACAUUAAAGUUUUUGUAAUACCUCAAAUAUUUUCAAAGUCCAUUGACAUAUGGCUUUGAAACUUUGCACACUUGUUCACCAUCAUGACCCCAACCUGUAGACAGGAGGAGGUAACUCUAUCAAGCAUUUUGACAGAAUUAUGCCCCUUUUUCGACUUAGAAUUUACAUUAAAGUUUUUGUAAUACCUCAAAUAUUUUCAAAGUCCAUUGACAUAUGGCUUUGAAACUUUGCACACUUGUUCACCAUCAUGACCCCAACCUGUAGACAGGAGGAGGUAACUCUAUCAAGCAUUUUGACAGAAUUAUGCCCCUUUUUCGACUUAGAAUUUACGUUAAAGUUUUUGUAAUAGUUCAAAUAUUUUCAAAGUCCAUUGACAUAUGGCUUUGAAACUUUGCACACUUGUUCAACAUCAUGACCCAAACCUGUAAACAGGAGGAGGUAACUCUAUCAAGCAUUUUGACAGAAUUAUGCCCUUUUUUCGACUUAGAAUUUACGUUAAAGUUUUUGUAAUAGUUCAAAUAUUUUCAAAGUCCAUUGACAUAUGGCUUUGAAACUUUGCACACUUGUUCACCAUCAUGACCCCAACCUGUAAACAGGAGGAGGUAACUGUAUCAAGCAUUUUUUUUACUAUCAAGCACUAAGAAUAGUCGAGCGUUGCUGUCCUACCGACAGCUCUUGUUAUGGAUGUUAAAAUAAAUUCUUUAACACUUAUAACACUAAGUAUUUUGAAUUGACUUUUGUGCAUGUUUGAAUCUGGACAUAACUAUUCAUCAUUUUUUAGUUUAUGUAGUUUUGUUCAGAUUUAAAGGUAAACAAGUCCAUUUAAAGGGACUUCACUGAGGUUUUUUUCACAUGACGAGACAAGAUAAAUUUUCAAGAUUAAUUCUUUAUUUGGUGUAUGCUUCGACCAAUAACUUUUUUGCACAAUUUCAUAUCAUUUGCUCACUUUGUUUUUCCAGGAUAAUUAUUAUGAUUGUGAAAAUUGAAAAGCAUUGCAACACUUUUCACUCAAAUUUGACUAAAAAUAUAAAAAAUAUAAUAUGAUUUUCAAUAUAUUUUUGAGUAUACAUUGUAUUUCUUUGAUUAUGUUUUGCAUAUCCUUAUAUGUUUUAAGUGCCCCAACUGAUCAUUGUAAGGACUUCAAAUUUUAUGUUUUCAGGCUUUAAGACCUCAGUGGAGUUCCUUUAAGUUAAGUCUCGUAAUAUAUGAGAAUAGGUUUAAGAAGUAUCAAGGCAACAUUGUUGAACAUCCACUAGUGUUUCAAAUAUUCUUAUUUAUGUUGUAAAAACAUGAUUUUUUGCUUAUUUUUAUUUAUAAGAAUACCAAAGAAUAAUCUGUGUUAUUGUUUACUUGUACUUUGCUUUAUAUAUGUCAGAUCUUCUUACACUCUAUUGUGUUUUGUUUAAGGAUUAAAUCUUAACAAACUUU